UGGGUGAUAGGGCCUCAUCGUGGCCGCGCUGGUUCUGCUGGGAGGUCGUCGUCAUGGUGGCGCCCGUGGUGUAUCUGGUGGCAGCGGCUCUGCUUGUCGGCCUUAUACUCUUCCUCACUCGCAGUCGUGGCAGAGCGGUAGCAGCUGGUCCAGAGUCACUGCACAAUGAAGAGGAUCCAAUAAUAGCAGACCAGGUGGCCCAGUCUCGGCCUCUGCAGCCUGAGGAACAGAGGGCUGGAGGCAGGCCCCGGCGCAGGAGGGACCUGGGCAGCCGCCUGCAGGCCCAGCGUCGAGCCCAAAGGAUAGCCUGGACAGAAGUGGAUGAGAAUGAGGAGGAAGAUGUUAUCCCAGCCCAGGAGGAAGAAGACAUUGAGAAGCCAGUGGAAACUCAUCUGACAGGGAAAAUUGGAGCCAAGAAACUACGGAAGUUAGAGGAGAAACAAGCUCGAAAAGCCCAGCGUGAGGCAGAGGAGGCUGAACGUGAAGAGCGGAAACGCCUAGAGUCCCAACGUGAGGCUGAGUGGAAGAAGGAGGAGGAGCGGCUUCGCUUGGAGGAGGAACAGAAGGAGGAGGAAGAGAGAAAGGCCCAGGAAGAACAGGCCCGGCGGGAGCAUGAGGAGUACCUGAAACUGAAGGAAGCCUUUGUGGUGGAGGAGGAGGGUGUGGGUGAGACCAUGACUGAGGAGCAGUCCCACAGCUUCCUGACAGAAUUUAUCAACUACAUUAAGCAAUCCAAGGUUGUACUCUUGGAAGAUUUGGCUUCCCAGGUGGGCCUACGGACUCAGGACACUAUCAACCGCAUCCAGGACCUGCUGGCUGAUGGGACUCUAACAGGUGUGAUUGACGACCGGGGCAAGUUCAUCUACAUAACCCCAGAGGAACUGGCUGCUGUGGCCAACUUCAUCCGACAGCGGGGCCGGGUGUCCAUCACUGAGCUUGCCCAGGCCAGCAACUCCCUCAUCGCCUGGGGCUAGGAGCCCCCACAACCCUGCCAGCCUGACCUCAGCUCUGCCUACUUGGACUCAGAGCUGGUGUGGCCUACCUGGCAGUACAUCUUCAUCUCUCCUCACCAUCCUGAGGCAGUGAUGGAGUGUGGCCAGGAAGUUGUAAAUUAAAGGCCUGUGAGCACUG